CACAACUCCUCCCUCUCUCCCACCCUGCCUUCUCACAUCGCUCCCCAGGACCUGAGCACUCCCGGCCUCAGUCUGGCUGCGGGCUGUUGCUCAGGUGCCUUGGAGAGAAGUUACUGUUCGAACGUGGAGGAAGUGAUUACAAAGUGAGGAUAACCUCUCCCUCCUUCCUCCCCCUACCCCCUGGCUGUGUGAUCCCGCUGGGAAAACAGUUUCUUUAUGCUUUUGGAGCAGCCAGGGGAACUGGAGAGAGUCAUUUUGCAGGGGAGCCUGUUCUGGAGUCUUGCUGGUUACCAUCUUGUCUCACUUCAGAGACAAUUCAUUGGCUAUGAUGCACUUUGAAAGAUUUUGAAGUGGCUAUAUCAAGUUAUCGGGAUGAAAUGCGGGUGUGGAAUGUGAAGGACAGUUUUUUUGAGGAGAUAGCCAAUCGAUUGGCCUCUGAGGGAGCUCUCUUCGAUGUGAGGUGAUUUGUAGGCUGGGUGCUGUGCAUGAAGGACCAAUAAGAGACAUUCCUACAGUGAUGGGGUUACAAAACGAUAACUAGGCAGCCUUUGUCCAGUAUGGUGACUGAAGCAGUGGGAUUGCAGAAAGGGACGGGAUAUUUUCUGCUAACACAUUUCUGAUAUGGUCUGAAAGAGAUUCAACGAGCAACAUGGCUUCAACUGCCGUCAACAAAGGGAGCCAGCAGUUCCCGAGUCUCUCGGGCGUGGACUCUGAAACCUGCACCAUUGUGUUUAAAAACCACUGGGCCCAGGUGAUGAAGAUCUUAGAGAGGUAUGACCCACUGAAAACCUCCAGUGCCAGACACGGGAGUAUCCCUCCCGAUGAAGCUAGCGCCGUUCAGAAUUAUGUUGAGCACAUGAUCUUUCUGCUGAUUGAGGAGCGAGUUGAAGAUGCUUCCAUGGGUCCUAUCCUCGAGUUUGUGGUGACAGAAAAUGUCAUGGAGAAACUUUUCCUGUGGAGUCUUCGAAGGGAGUUCACAGACGAAAUGAAAAUCGAGCAGAUAAAAAUCUAUGAAAUGUUGGUCACACAAUGCCAUCAGCCUUUGCUGCACCACAAGCCAAUCUUGCGGCCUUUAAUGAUGAUGUUAAGUGUGUGCUCUGGGACUACUGCGCCCAAGGUGGAAACUGAACUGGUCUUACUCCUCAAUCAGCUCUGUUCCAUCCUGGCUAAGGACCCUUCUACCUUGGAGCUCUUUUUCCACACGAGUGAAGACCAGGGAGCAACAAACUUUCUCAUUUUCUCCUUACUGAUUCCCUUCAUUCACCGAGAGGGGGUAGUGGGACAGCAGGCUCGAGAUGCUUUGCUGUUUAUCAUGUCCAUGUCGGGUGAACAUGAUGUGGCAAAACACAUUGUGGAAAAUACAUACUUCUGUCCGGUGCUAGCCACAGGACUGAGCGGUCUGUACUCUUCACUGCCCACGAAACUGGAAGUGAGGUCUGAUGAAUGGCACUACCUGCAGCGGGAGGACUGGAUGCAUAUUCCUACACUUGUACAAUUCAUGAACUCCCUGGAGUUCUGCAAUGCAGUAAUACAGGUGGCUCAUCCUAUGAUACGUAAUCAACUGGUAAACUACAUCUACAAUGGAUUCCUCGUGCCUGUCUUGGCACCUGCACUACAUAAAUUGACUGUGGAAGAAGUGAUGACAACAACAGCAUACCUAGACUUGUUCCUCCGCAGUAUCUCGGAGCCCGCGCUGCUGCAGACCUUCCUGAGCUUUAUUCUGCUGCAUGAGCAUGAAAAUGUGCUGAUUCUAGAUACACUUGUCAGCCGAAUUAACACUCCCUUUCGGUUAUGUGUCGUGUCUCUGGCCCUGUUCAGAACCCUUAUCAAUCUGAAUUGUGAGGAUGUUAUGUUGCAACUUGUCUUGAGAUAUCUAAUACCAUGCAAUCACAUGAUGCUGAGCCAGCGUGGAGCAGUGAGGGAAAGAGAUUGCUACUCAGUGUCUGCUGCCAAGCUGCUUGCCUUAACUCCAGCCUGCUGUAAUUCCGGUAUUCCGAUGACCCAGGGGGAACAUGAGGGCGAUGAGUUCUCGGAGUCUAAAGUCACCGAUCUGUCCCAUACUGCGACUGCAGGUUCUGAAGGAAUGGUGUCAUGCACACGAAUUGUAGGGGAUUGGAAGAGACUCCAGAAACCUCUGGAUAUCAGUUACCUGCAGUACCUGUGGGAGGCUCGGGUCAACAUCAUCACCUGUACGAGAAACUGCAGAGCAUGGUCUGCACCUUACGAUGGGGAAACUCCAGAUGCUGAAAUUGUUGGCCCCGUUUUGCCAGAGGAUUCCAGCAAACCCAGCAGCAGGAAGUCAGCUAAAGGCCAGCACAACUCUGUCAUCAGGAGGACUAGGUUGAAGUCCAGUUCCACCAGGGAAAAGAUGCAACUGGACUUGGAAUGGGAUAACAGCUAUGACACCGGAAUGUCUCCAGGCUCUGAGGAAGACCCCUUGCAGCCAUAUUUACCUUUUAUGCCUAAUGAAGAAACUGGGAACCGUAUACAACCGGUCGAUCCUCCCAAACACAUUCAGGAGAUGAAGAAAAGUGCAUUAAUGCUCAUAAGAGGCUCUUACAUCGAGGAGUCAGAUUUCCACGAUGACGUCAUGGUUUAUAGAUUGUGUGCAGAAAACGAUGCUCAGGAUAUUGUUGAAAACAAUUCAAAAAAUGUCAGAAAAUCAACGUCUGUGAAAAGCAUCGAUCCGAAAACGCAGACAUGCAAUGGGCCUGCCAAUCGAAUACUGUGGAGCAUGGCAAAGAGCACAGCUGCAGAGAAGGACACCUCAGUGAGUGACAGAUCUGAGCAGGGCAUGGAAAUGGAGUAUUCGGGACAGGGGCCUGCACAAAUCGAGAAGAAACAGGAGGAUGGUCUGUGUCUACCAAACACUGAAGCCAAGUGCUCCAACCAGCAUACCAUGAAUCUGGAGGCUGAUGAUUUUCUUUCCCAGUAUCAGGAUCUCCUCGCAAAGCUAAACACUAAUCCUGGAGAUUCAGCGGCACCGAAGCAGAAUUUGUCUGAACCAAGCACUCCCACAGAAGAAGAUGAUGAUUUUGAGAAAUUCAUUGAGCCCCCACUUACCGACAGUGUAACAUUUCCAUUUGGUCCCAAAGUGCACCUGAUGUAUUCCAGUAAUCCUGCUCGAAUACAUGGAGCUCCAUUCACAGGACCAUUCAUCAGCGUUUUAUUGUCAAAGCUGGAGAACAUGCUUGAAAAUGAAUUGCACGUUAACUUGUUGCUUACUGGGAUUGUUGCUCGACUGGCGUGUUACCCGCAACCCCUUCUCCGUUCAUUCUUGCUCAAUACGAACAUGGUCUUCCAGCCCAGUGUUCGCUCCCUCUAUCAGGUGCUGGCAUCUGUAAAAAAUGCAAUUGAACAGUUUGCUUCUACAAGAGAAAACUUUUCUUCAUACCUGACUGAAACACGCAAAUAUUUGCUCUCUCGGGUAGAGAUCUCCACUUUGCACAAAGGGGUCUUGACAGGCGAAGAAAUUAAGCACAAUCAAAGUAUUGCAGAUAAUGGACACAAGCCUCAAGGCAGUACUCAAAAUGCACAGCACCCACCUUUAAGUAAGCCAGUGGCUCCUUGGGUUCCCUCGCCUGUGAAAAACUCAAUCAAUGCAGCUGUCAUCUUCACAGAAUUUCUUAAGGAACUUGCAGCCAUUGCACAGGAACAUUCCAUUUUAUCUCACAUUCCACUGGAGGAAUGUGAAGAGUAAUUGUUACAAGUUUGAAGAAGUGUUUUAAUGCAAUUGAUGCAGUCUACUUAAAUCUUUUCCAAAGUAAUAAUGUAUUUCUCCCAGGCCUUAAUUACAGUAAGAGAGAGAGUGGAACAAUUUUGUCUCAUUUUGAGGCUUGAAACUUUUAGGAAAUGUUGAUGUUUAAACGCAGCAGCCUUAUUGUCAUAAAAAACACACGAGUAAAAUUGUCUCACUAUGCAAGCUACCAUGUAUGAAUGCGGACAAAAAUUUAAUUAAAUAUAUAUUGUAUUUUUGAGUACAUAUAAAUUACAAACACUUCUGGUAUUUUGUGAAGUUUAGAUGUGAACAUUUGGGUCUGAUCUUUAAAUGUCUGAUGAUAUUCAUUCUAUAAAGGUUGGCUGCGAAUAGUACCAAAGAUUAAAUGAAUGAGGACUGAAAAUUUCUGCCACUUUUGCUAAUGAAAAAGGUUUUUAAACAUU